AUGGACUCGAGGGAAUUCAAAGAGGCGGCGACCUCCUCCAUCGACGAGAUCAUCAACUACUUCGAGACCCUCGGGUCGCGCAAUGUCGUGUCGACCGUCGAGCCGGGCUACCUCCGCAAGCUGCUGCCCAGCGAGGCGCCCGAGGAGGGCGAGCCGUGGUCCGCCAUCCGUGCCGACGUCGAGGCCAAGAUCAUGCCCGGCAUCACCCACUGGACCCAUCCCGGCUUCCACGCCUUCUUCCCCUGCGCAACCUCGUACCCGUCCAUGCUGGGCGAGCUCUACUCGUCCGCCCUGUCCGGCGCCUGCUUCAACUGGAUCUGCUCCCCCGCCGUCACCGAACUCGAGACCAUCGUGCUCGACUGGCUCGCCCGCGCCCUCGGCCUGCCCGCCUGCUACCUCUCCACCGGCCCGACCCGCGGCGGCGGCGUCAUCCAGGGCUCCGCCUCCGAGGCCGUCCUGACCGCCAUGGUCGCCGCCCGCGACAAGUACCUGCGCGAGACGGUGCCCGAGUCCGGCCUCGCCGAGGAGGAGAGGGAGGAGCGCGUCAUGGUCAAGCGCUCCCGCAUGGUCGCCCUCGCCACCACCCUGACCCACUCGAGCGCCCGCAAGGCCGCCCUGAUCCUCGGCGUCCGCUUCCGCGCCAUCCCCGUCCGGGAGGAAGACGGCUACAGGCUGCGGAAGGAGGCCCUGGCCGCCGCCCUGGCCGAGUGCCGCGCCCAGGGGCUCGAGCCCUUCUUCCUGGUCGCCACCAUGGGCACCACCGACGUCUGCUCCGUCGACGACUUCGAGGGCAUCAGCGAGGCCCUGGCCGAGCACGUGGCCCCCGACCAGCCCGGCGAGGUCUGGGUCCACGUCGACGCCGCCUACGCCGGCGCCGCCCUCGUCUGCCCGGAGGUCCGGCAGUCGGCCCGCAUCGACCUGAUCGAGCGCUUCCACAGCUUCGACAUGAACAUGCACAAGUGGCUGCUCGUCAACUUCGACGCCAGCUGCUUCUUCGUUCGCAACCGCGACUGGCUGACCAAGGCCCUGAGCGUGAACCAGGCCGUCUACGGCAACAAGGCCUCCGACGGCGGCCUGGUCACCGACUACCGCGAGUGGCAGAUCCCCCUGGGCCGCCGCUUCCGGAGCCUGAAGAUCUGGUUCGUCAUGAGGUCCUACGGCAUCAAGGGGAUGCAGCAGCACAUCCGCCGGACCUCGCAGCUGGGCGAGGAGUUUGCCGCCGCGCUGCGGGCCAGGCCCGACCUGUUCGAGAUCGUCACCGGGCCCAGCUUCGCCCUGACCGUCUUCCGCGUGGCCGCCAAGUCGGGAGAAGAGCCCACGCCGGAGGAGGAGCGGAACGCGCUGACCAAGGCCCUGUACGAGAGGGCCAACGCCUCGGGCAAGAUCUGGCUGACGAGCACCAACCUGGACGGCAAGUUCGCCAUCCGGCUGAUGACGGGCGUGAGGACGACUGAGAGGCAGCACGUCGAGACGGCCGUCAAGCUGCUGACCGAGAUCGCCCAGGAAGUGAUAACCGGGAAGCCUGUAUACUUGAACUAGGACAAUAACAUAGUAUAGUGGUGCACUCACUGGUCACGCGGCACGCAGAGGCAUCUUCUUACCUUUGUUUCGGCUUCUCGUCCCUUCAGCACUCGCACCUCUUCUAACCCCCCUCCCCCUUCUUCCCCCUCACCCCCGACCAUGUGAAACGGAUCCACGGCCAUGUGCCCCUUGAUCCUAGUCAAAAAGAAGAGCAAACUCGAGCGAGCACUCGACACUCAUAUCAAUGAUUACUCGACACUCCUCCACCAUUAUUAGAGACGAGGUAACAGAGAGACAUGCAAUGUUAC